ACCCCGCUUUUACGAGCGCGCAGCGCAGUCGGAGUCCGGAGCGAGAAGCGUCUGGAAUCUAUCUUGUCCUUGUAUCCUGUCCUUCUAUCGUUCUGCUUCUUCAAUCGCAGUGAUGGCGGGCUCUAUUUUAGAGAAUCUUUCCAAUAGGAAACUGGUUGUGAUCGUUGGCUUCGUCAUGCUAACUCUCUUGUCGUGUUUUCUACUCGGAGGUCUCAUAGCUCCAGCACCCACGAAUGCUGAUCAGGUUCUUGGGACAGUUUGUGCCCAGGAAACUCCCACAGUGCCCGGAGACUUCAGCUGGAAAUGGGCGAUUCCCCGAGGAUCCAAAGGAGCUACGAAUUGUAAAGUCUUACAUAACCUUGCCGAUGACACGAAGAAGAACAUCAACAUAACGGCGAAUCACGUCGUCUUCACGUUCCAAUUGCCUUUGCCCCGCGAGCACAAAAACCUCGACUACUCACGGUGGCAACAGAAUCUCAUGGGUGUCCUUCACGUUGAGCUCUACUACGAUGCGAAGAAUCCUCUCAAACAAGAUCCGGAGGUCGAUAUGGAUAUAAAAAUGGGCUAUCGAGACAAACACGAGUCGGCGGACACUUGGCAUUUGUUGGCCAAUUCCACCGAAAAACGCACCCUCGGAUGUGACCUCAAUGGAACUCAUCACCAUCAACAGGAUGAGCACAUCUAUGGCUACAACUGCGAUGCUCUGGCUCUGUUCGAAUUGGGCUCUCUACAUCACGAUUAUUAUCUCGUAAACAUCAAGUUCCCGAUCAAUCGAGAGAUGACCAUCAACCAACAUUUCGGUUUGAUCAACGAAGUGUGGCUCGUCGUCAUACAUCAGAACGGAGGCUUCACCAAAGUUUGGACAACGAUGAAAUGCUUCUUUUUACCGCUCAUAAUUGCGACCAUGGCUUGGUACUGGCGACGCAUCAAGAUCUUGGAAAGGGCUCCAACACUGCUUGAGUGCAGCAUCUUCGGACUCGCAAUCGUCAUGGCUGCUAUCGAUGUUCCGAUCGAGUUGCUGACGUUAUUCUACGAAAUGCCGUACAUGCUGUUGAUACAUGACAUCCGACAAGGACUAUUCUACGCUUCACUCUUCAGCUUCUGGCUCAUUUUCUGCGGAGAGCACAUCCUGGAGAACGCUGAUAACGUUGAGCGUAACCGUCUGAGCGUAUAUUGGAAACAAUUCUGUGGAGUCAUCAUUGGCUGCACAUCGCUUCUCAUAUUCGAUUUAUGUGAAAGGGGCAUCCACCUGGCGAACCCUUUCUACUCCAUCUGGUCUACGAAACUCGGACGGGAUAUGGCUCAGGCGUUCUUAACUAUCACGACUGGUUGUGGAGCCGUUUAUUUCUUCUACUUGUGCCAUCUUUGUCUACGUGUCAGAGCCAACAUCUCGUGCAAACGAUCCGCUUUGCCCGGAAUGAGCGAGACUCGACGACUCUUCUAUGAAGGGAUCAUCUACCGAUUCAAGUUUUUGCUAACCGCCACCAUCGUCGCUGCGGCUCUUACCCUAGUAGCGCUAUUCAUGAGCCGCUGGUCCGAGGGACAGUGGAAAUUUGAUGAAGAUAUCAGCCUUGAAUACACAUCGGCUUUCCUGACGGGCGUGCUCGGUAUGUGGAACUGCUAUGUGUUCAUUCUUCUGGUGCUGUACGCUCCCAGUCACAAGAACAAAGGUCGGAGCGAACCGAAUGACCUCAACAAUCUCACUGACGAGAACCAGGACAGCAUCGAGUUUUCCCGUUUGACCCAUGCCGACUCGUGCAACGAAGUCCCCGAAUGCUCGGGGCUGGCAUCGCUGUCGGAAAUGGCGAAGAAAGUAGCUCUGGAUUGAGUCCAUUCAAGAUGAGCGAAACAGGGGCCAGAUGGAGGAAUAGGUCCACUAUGAUGUCCGGAGGGUGGAUCCGAAUCCGACUCAAAGCCCCCCGUCCUACCCGGCCUGGGUGAAUCGACGGGCCCUGUGCCAAAUGCUCGAAUUCCUUCGCAAUGGUGUAUAGAGCUUAUUUCAUGCUUUUGAGCAGAUGCAAGAGCAAGAUUAUAUUCACCUUUCCAAUUUUUUGGAGUUUAUCCUUUUCGUUCUGCGUCACUCUCGAGCUUUCGGAAGCCUGAUCCCGGAACUUUUCUAUCUAUGCGCCAACAUCACUCCACUUGUGUUAUCCGAAGGAUCUCUUCUACAAGCUUUCCAUGGGUCUUCCCAGAAAUUUACCUGGUACCUUGCCCUCCUUCCUAAAGAGGCUCUUCACCUCGACUUCUGUGUCAAUUCACAGUCCAUAAGUGACUGUAUGGCUAGCUCAGAUUUGUGUUCAUACUGUCGAUUUUCUGAGAGGAACCCCCAUAUCGGCGGCCUAGAAACUCGCUUGACCAAAUAUCUUUAUAAGUUCCUCGCUGCCGGAGCUCUUCGAGAGUCCCGUUG